ACAGUGCAUCGUACCACCAAAGGAACAAAGAGAAGAUGAUGAAGGGUUUAGCUGAAGCAGCCAUCAUCAAAACAUGAAAUGCAACAAUCUGUGAUAUAGACGGGCAUCGUUACUGGUUGCUUGCCUUAGACUCGCUAUUUGACUCCUACCCACCUUGAGAAAUCAAGCACUCAGUGUUGUCAAAAGGCAAGUAAUAAAUCGAUAAAUUUCUUUAGUUGCAAGACCAAGUCAAAUAUCAAGUAUCAUUGUAUUUUUUAAUACUUGACUUGUUACUUGUCCUGUUAGUUGCUAUUUGUUACAUGUUCUAUUAAAUACUUAUUACUCCAUCCGUUUUAGUUUAGUUGUCGUUGUAGUUGUAGAGUAAAAUUUUCGUUUCAAAAUAAAUAUCGUUUUAUAACUUUAAUGUAAAAUUUAUUGACGAUCUAUUUUACUAUUGGUUGAAAUGUGAUUAUGUGUAUUGGUAAUGAUGUUUUUAUUUAAAAAAUAUACAAAAUUAAAUGUUUUUUAAAUCUGUGUACUCAAGUUUAAAACACCAAAUAAAAUAAAACGGAACGAGUACGUACUUGCUAAUAUACUUAUUUUUUUUCCUUUCUUUUACUUGCGAUUAAGGUUGGAAACAAAUACUCCUUACUCGCUAAUACUUGUUGCUUGUUGUUCCGUAUCCGUAUUGAUUAUUCAAAUACUCAUCAUCGUCAAAUCGAGUAUAGCCGAUAAAAAAUUGUCAGCAGAAUGGCUAAGAAUGUGGAGGAAAAGUCAAAGUGUCUGUCUGGAUGUGAUAUGAAUCAUGUCAGUCUUUCUUUCUGCCUUAGUCAAAUUCUCAUAUUUGGAACUGGUACCAUAUGCAUAUGAUAACUUUGAAAAUCACAAACGGAAAGCGCGUCUAUCAGAAUAGGAAAUAGAAUCAUUUAAGGAAAGCCAGGAAAAGAUGAGAAACUCUGGCUUUGAACGUUAUGAGAGAAUGGAUAUUUGAAAAAAGGAAAGAAAAGAAAUGGGGACCUUACAGAAAAAAAGUUGUCUUUUGUGUACAGCUAAGGGAAGAUUCAACAGACAAUAAGGAAAGAAAGAGAACCAUGUGACUCUCCAUGUCCCUGUUAAUGGAAAGAAAGAGCGCAAAAUAGAAGGGAAUAUGUAAAUUUAUGUUAGAAAAUUAAAGGGCCGGAUUAAAGGCACAAUCACUCUCUUUUUUUGGCCUCCUUGGACUUUGGUCUCCUCCUAGUACAAUCUAAUCUACAGGUUGUCAGAGACACACACAAGAUAAAAACCAGAUUCAAACUCUAUCUAAGAGCAAACUUAAUUCAGAAUGGAGAAUAUGGAGUCUGUGAGCAAUGAAGAGGGAAGGACUGAUCAGUUUCCGGUGGGAAUGAGAGUCCUUGCUGUGGAUGACAAUCCAACCUGCCUCCGAAAACUUGAAGAGUUACUGCUUCGAUGCAAGUAUCACGUGACAAAGACGAUGGAGUCAAAGAAAGCUUUGGAAAUGCUGAGAGAGAAGAGCAAUAUGUUUGAUUUGGUGAUAAGCGAUGUAGAGAUGCCUGACACAGAUGGAUUUAAGUUGCUUGAGAUUGGUCUUGAAAUGGACCUUCCUGUCAUCAUGUUGUCAGCGCAUAGUGACUACGACAGCGUUAUGAAAGGGAUAAUCCACGGCGCGUGUGAUUAUCUAGUCAAGCCCGUUAGCCUCAAGGAGCUUCGGAACAUAUGGCAGCAUGUUGUGAAGAAGAACAUUGGCUCAUACAAAAAAAUCAUCGCCCCCUCUCGCCACCUACUCCCUACUUCUGAAUACGCCCCAAGCGGCAGCGGGAAACGGAAAGAGAAGGCUGAUGACAGCGGUGAUGGAGAUGAUGACAGUGAUAGAGACGAGGAAGAAGAUGGGAGUGAACAAGAUGGAGAUGAGUCAUCCAACAGGAAGAAGCGUCGUGUUGUUUGGUCACAGGAGCUUCACCAGAAGUUUGUCCAUGCCGUUCAGCAAUUGGGCCUUGACAAAGCCGUUCCCAAAAAGAUACUUGAUUACAUGAACAUAGAAGGUCUCACGAGGGAAAACGUAGCCAGCCAUUUACAGAAGUACAGACUCUACUUGAAAAAGCUAGACGAAGGUCAGCAGCAUAACAUGUCUCAAGAUGCAUUUGGGUCAAGAGACUCAUCUUACUUUCACAUGGCUCAGCUUGAAGGACUAAGAGACUAUUCUUCCACAAGACAACUCUCAAGCUCAUCCCUCUUAACCCGCUCCAGUCUCACCAAGUUCCAUCCCUCCGUGUAUUCAUCGGUAAAUCUUCAAGGAUCUAACUCCUCCAGCUUCAUCCCACCGGGGCAUCAUCAGAGUUCAAGCAGCUCAGCUAAUCCAUUCGGAACAUAUCACAGUCCUCUCUUGGCAAGAUCUCAGAACGUGAAUCUCUCUCCGCUAGAGCCACUCCAGUUUCCUAGAAGCAAGUGUUCUCCAUACAUGGGGGACUUUAAAGGCAUAGCGGACCGAGGAAUCAGCAGCAGCUUCCUUGAUUCUCGGAUGUCAUUUGGCAGCUCUAGCACCUCUUUGCCUUGUGCUACAAGCAACAAUCUGAUGCUGCAAGAGAACUUUGGGGUCUCUGAUGGAAACCAGUCUUGCCUCAAUGGCUUAUCUAGUUUCCCUAGUCAUCAUAGCUGGCAAGGGAAUCUGAAAACAACAACUAGAUUCCCAUCACACUCUUUACCGCUGAAUCAUGCCUUUGGUCAAGAUCAAAUGACAUGUGGAGGGAUCGGUCUAGGAGAUUAUAACACCUCAUUGGUUUCUGCUGAUAGCCAUGUUGGAGUAUUGCAGUGUGAGCCUCCGUUUCUAGGUGACUUCAUGCAGAACAUGAAUACACAUAAAUGGGAGGAACAGAACUGCACCAUGAUGAACAACACAUUCGGUAAUGUUGACUAUCCCUUACCAGUGGAUAAUAAUAUGGUUUUUAGAGAUAACAACGCGACCAGAAGCAAAGGUGUGGAUGAUUCACUGAUGAUGAGUCCAAUAGAGGACAGUGCAACAACUCUCAACAGUAGAGAGUGUGUGGGAAACGUUACGAUGAUGGAUCCAGAGAUGAGGUCGUCGACGAAGCUAGAGAAUGACCUUGUUGACAACCAGCACGAUGUGUUCGAUGAUAUAAUGAAUGAGAUGUUGAAACAGGAUGAGAAUAAUGGAAUGGUGUCAGUGGCUGCUAGGUUUGGGCUUUGAUUCGUUUCCUCCGCCUUGGUUCCUGGUCUGUUCUAUGGGUUGCAUCAUUUUUUCUUCUAUUGUUGGAUACCAUUCAUUGUUGUUAUGGUUUCUUUUCCCCCACAUUGUUUCCUCUAAUUAAACCACACUGCACCAAACAGUUUCAUACUCUCUUUUGUCUAUUGGAGUUUUAUUCCUAGAAACGUAACAAGUAAAAUAUUUAAAACUUGUUUUUUUUAA